CCAGACCCGGAGAAGUCAAUUCCCCUGGAGCCAGAACGCGAGCGCAUCGUACAGUCGAUAUGCAACCUGUAUUCUGUGAGCGCGAGCGAGGAAGACAUGCACGUGUAUGCGGCCGGAGCCAUCUACGACGACCCAUGGAGCUUUUGCGACACGAGAUAUAAGAUAGCCGGGCAAUGGUAUGGCAUAGCCAUGAUCAUGGCCAGAACGCGCACUAUCAAGAUGGAAGUGGUAUCUUCCGAGUCGGAUGAAAUCAUCUUCAAGCUUCAGCAGGAAUACACUCCGAAGCCAAUGCCAAUGCCAAAGAAAGUGAAUUCGCUGGUUACGCUGACGUUGGAUGAGCAAGGACAGGUGGAAUGA